UAUUGGCCGGAGCUGGCUGUGCCUUUUGUAUACAUGCUAAUAUGCAGGCAGGCUCCCUGUAUCCUCAGCCCGCACUUUGGCUGAGACCUUCCAGGCAUCUAUAAGUAUCAGAGCCAGCUGCGACACAAGGAUUAUGCCGACUUUGGACUCCCAGGGCAGCAGAAGCAGCACCUUCCCAGCAUACAGCCUUGUCAGUUCAGCGCGUUAAGGAGGAUUUUGCUAGAGGAGAGGAGAUCAGUUCGCUUGCGAGUCCUGCGAUGAGUUGUCUGGAUGUUAUGUAUCAUCAUCAGGUUUAUGGAAUGCGCCAGUGUCUGCCUGGGACAGCGUGUACCACAGCCUAUUAUCAUCGCCAUCACCAGCAGCAGGUGAGUCAGCCCUCAUCUGUGGCCACUGGGCUGGGUGAUCACAUAUAUUUUAUAUAUUCCGCCUGUCUACAAGGACUGAGAGCUGGGGAGAUCACUUAUAUUAUAUACCGCCUGUCUAGAACUGGGGUGCAAGUUUAAAUGACCCUUAUCUCUACUGAGUGUCAUUGUGUUAUAGAAAUAUCUGUACACAUAUACAGGUGUUCAGAAUUCUUGUUGUGUCUGAGUUCAUACCAACGUUCCAUAUGUGUGUGUUUGAUAAACAUAUUUAUUAUAUAUAUAGUUUUAAUCUAGUUACAGUUUCUACUUGUAGCAGUUAACGCUGUGCUAGUUAAGUGUAAUUGGGUCCAAGAGGGGAAGCUGCAUCCUCUUUUGCCGUCUUGUUUUUCAGAGCUGAUCAUUCCAGAUGUGGUCUAUUCACUUACAGUGGAUUAUCUAUAAAUCAAUUACAAUGGAACGUUACUAUUUAGGAAUAAUUCAUCAUUUUGCUAGUCUACAUUUAUGGGUGCUCUUUGUAUUUUGAAAUGAGAAUCACAUACAUACCGGUACCUAGAAUCGAAUACCUGACAGUUUUGAUGUGGUUUGGGAGUAUUUCUGUCUCCAUAAUGUACAAUGUUGCAAACUAAGAUUUCUACUAUAUGUAUAUCAUGUGGAAUAUGUGUGUAUUUCUCUGUAAAAUGCAAAAAAUACCAGAGUACUGCAGUGUGCAAUGAUACCUUUUUUAUUGGACCAACAUAAUACUUAAAAGACAAAGUUUUGAGAGUGUUUCUCUGUUCCCCAGGUCUGAAGCAAUUUGUCAAAUUAAACUAUACAGGAAUCACACAGGUUAUUUUUAGAUUAUCGUCUGGCGAGCCCUAAAUUACAUCACAUGUAAGGUUACUUCUCUAUAAAACACUAGUUAUGCAUAUUAAUUGGAUUAUGGAACAAGAGGUUUGGGAAUAUAUAUAUAUACACAUAUAUAAUCCCAAAUCUCUUGUUCUGUAAUCCAAUAUAUAUAGAUAGAUGUGUAUUGCUACAGACCUGUGGAAGAGUCUCUGGAAACCUUGUCUUUUAGGUAUUAUGUUGGUCCAAUAAAAAAUGUAGCAUUGCGCACGGCAAUACUCUGAUAUUUUGGCACCUUGUGUAUUGGACUAACACGGCUAAUCCAAUCUACACUAUAUAUAUCUAUAAAUAAUCCCAAAUCUCUUGUUCUGUAAUCCAAUUAAUAUGCAUAACUAGUGUUUUUAUCAAGAAAUAAAUUUCCAUGUGAUGUCAUUUAGAUUUCUCCAGGCAGUAAUCUAAAAAUAACCUGUGCGAUUCCAACAUAGUUUAAUUUUACUAAUUGCUAUAAACGAAGUAUCUACUAUCUACCACAUGAAGCAUUAAAGCAUUAACUGUGGAAGGUGUAAAAACACACGUAUAAAAUUUGUUUCCCCCCUUUUUACAUUAUAUUUGCUUUCCUAAGCUUUUUUGAACCCUCAUGUUGUACACUAAAGUUCAUCAGAAAUACCUUUAACCAACAUAUUUCAGUAACUAACACAUGUAUUAUUGCUUGUUAUGGCCUUUUUACUACUCCUUAACAAAUUAAUCCUGAUGUCUACAAUUCUAGAUUUUAAUCACUAUUAUCAAUUCCAUUUGGAGUACGUAAUACAUCUUUUUAACAGUCCAUAUAAAAUGUAUGUAUUUGUAGAAUCAACAAUUGUACCCAAUAAAGCAAAAUUCUGCUAGGAGUUUAAUUCACCCAACAGUGGAUUGUGGUAUUUUGACACGGGAAUUCCAAAAUUCAGGCCAAAAUUUUCAAUCUGAUAAAAUGGCUUGACAAGAAGAUGUUCCUUACUCUUUUGUUUGUACACUAAAUUUUGAGAAUUUUUUAAAUUAAUUUUCACAGUUUGCUGUUUCUCGAAUAAGCCCUUAGAUAAAUAAUAAAAAAAAAAUGACAUUGCACAAGCAUUAACUGUAAUAAAAUGAGCACAUUCCAAUCAAACUGACAGCAGUGUGUGAGCAUGCACAGUGCGUGGGUGUUAGGAGGGGCUACACAGACUUGGCCUCGCUAUACUCAACAGAGAAUACAGUUUGUGUUGUUGUUGCAUUCCUUGAAGUUUUAUCAUAAUUAACCACGAAGAUCAUACUUUACAUGGGAAGUGUCCCUUAAAACAUUGAGACAGUAAAACAAAAAAAAAAAGCUGCGUAAUUCCAAAGGUGUUUUGUCAUUGUGGUGUAUAAAAAGUGAAUGUGUAUUUUAUACACCAAUUAUAUUUCAACACAGAAUUAUUAUUUACAUAUGAUGUUCUAAUCAGGGUCCACCAACGUUGAUGGAAUACUUUAUGUAGACAAAAUUACAUAGACUAGAAAAAUAUUUGCAAUUACUAAAUCUUUUUUUACUGAUUUUAUAGCAGACAUUUACUUGCUUUGUAAUAGAACGGAAUAGCUGGUCAAUUAAAACUUUAAUUCUCCUAUUAUUUGAAAAUGUUAGCGUUUUUAAAGUAUAUACUUUAUUUUUAUGCCUGUUUUCUGUAAUUUCUCCAGAAGUAAACAGAGUCAGAUAGAAAUGUAAUUAAGAGAACAAAACGUGUCUUUUCAAAGCAAUAAAUAUCUAUUAAAGUUUAGGAUCUGUUAAUUAAAAUAAAAAAUAAUAUAAAAAUCCAUUAAAAAUGUAUUUGUUAGAUAAUAGGUUAAAAAGUCAGGCAAUUAGUAAACUAUGCAGUCGAAUAUUAGCUCAUACAGGAUCACCUAAAUGCUUUUAUGUUCUAUUAUGAAAUGGAUUAAACAAUUACAAAAGACUCUUUUGUAUAUUGUAUUGCUUUCAUUAACCAGUCAUAGUUACAUAGUUACAUAGUUACAUAGCUGAAAAGAGACUUGCGUCCAUCAAGUUCAGCCUUCCUCACAUUUGUUUUUUGCUGUUGAUCCAAAAGAAGGCAAAAAACCCCAGUUUGAAGCACAAUUUUGAAACAAGCUAGGAAAAAAAUUCCUUCUUGACUCCAGAAUGGUAGUCAGAUUUAUCCUUGGAUCAAGCAGUUAUUACCCUACAUUGAAAGAUUAUAUCCUUGAAUAUUCUGUUUUUGCAAGUAUGCAUCUAGUAGCUGUUUGAACAUCUGUAUGGACUCUGAUAAAACCACUUCUUCAGGCAAACAAUUCCACAUCAUGAUUGUUCUUACAGUAAAAAAACCUUUACUUUGCCUUAGACAAAAUCUUCUUUCUUCCAGUCUAAACGUAUGGCCUUGUGUCCUACGUAAAGUACGGUUUGUGAAUACAUUUCCACACAAUGGUUUGUAUUGGCUCCGAAUAUAUUUGUAUAAUGUUAUCAUAUCCCCUCUCAGGUGACGUUUUUCUAAAUUAAAUAGGUUUAAAUUUGUUAACCUUUCUUCAUAACUGAUAUGUUCCAUUCCUUUUAUUAAUUCUGUAGCCCCCCUGUGCUCUUUUUCUAGUGCCAUAAUAUCCUUCUUUAGAACAGGUGCCCAAAAUUGCACAGCAUAUUCAAUAUGUGGUCUUACCAGUGAUUUAUAAAGAGGCAAAAUGAUAUUCUCGUCCCGAGAAUGAAUGCCCUUUUUCAUGCAUGACAAUACCUUACUGGCCUUGGCCACUGCUGAUUGACAUUGCACAUUGUUGCAUAGUUUGUUGUCUAUAACAAUUCCCAAGUCCUUUUCGUGUGUUGUUAUCCCUAAUUCGCUUCCAUUACGGGUAUACCUUGCUUGUUUAUUCUUUACGCCGAAGUGCAUAACUUUGCAUUUUUCAACAAUAAAUUUAAUCUGCCAUUUGAGUGCCCAGCCCCCCAGUCUAUCUAAAUCCCUCGGCAGCAAAGUAAUAUCUUACUCACAUUGUAUUAUUUUACAAAGUUUUGUGUCAUCUGCAAACACUGAAACAUGACUUUCAAUGCUGUCUUCAAGAUAAUUUAUAAACAUGUUAAAUGGAAGGGGUCCCAGAAUAGACCCCUGAGGGACACCACUUGCCACCUCUGUCCAGCUUGAAAAUUUACCAUUAAUGACAACUCUUUGUACUCUGUUUUUAAGCCAAUGUUCUACCCAAGAACAUGCAUUUUCAUCUAGACCGAUUUCCUUGAGUUUGAACACUAAUCUAUUGUGUGGAACUGUAUCAAAUGCCUUGGCAAAAUCCAAAUAGAUCACAUCCACUGCAACACCCUGCUCUAUACUUCUACUUACUUCUUCGUAGAACGCAAUCAAGUUAGUUUGACAUGACCUGUGCUUCAUAAAACCGUGCUGAUUUUUGCUGAUAACCAUGUUCUUCUCAAGGAAUUCUUGAAUAUUAUCCCUUAAUAACCUUUCAAAUAUUUUACCAUGUGCAAAUAACGUGUAUGCGUGGGUAGAGGCAUUUUCCUGCUUCCGAAUUCUCACCAUCAUUUUUUUUUUUCAAGUCACAAAAAAAUGGGUAUUGUAUAAGGCAUAAAAUGGUUGGGUAAAUCUUGAUUUAAAAGAGCACUCUAAUAUUAGAUGCACUAACAUUUAAUGUUAGACAUUCUCCUUACCUACUUUAAUGUAAGGUCCUCUACCCCAUAAAAUGAAAAUGAAGCUGUUUUACUUAUUUUACCUACCUGUCAUCCCAUGCUGUGUUGAUCUCACUGUGGUCGACACUCUCCCCUGAGACCAUCAGAGAAGUUUUGCAGGUCUUACUGUACAUGCGCAGCAAUUACUAAGCUACAACAAUCAUCAUCUCCUCAUUCAGAUGCAUUAUGUCAAUGAAUAUCCAUCAGGAGCAUUUGACAUCUUUUUAUCCCAAUGACCAUCUUCUCCACUCACCCCUUAAAUUUCAGUGUCUUUCUUUGUCCAUUUGAAAUGUUGAGAUGUAUGUCAUAUCGACAGUGUACACAUUGCAUUUAUGUAUGCCUUAGGAACAAAUGUAAACAUUGCCUUUAUGGAUGUCUUCUGUGCAGUGGUGACUGGUGAAGUUUUUAGAUGGUGGGGUGCCAGACUCCUCCCCCAGGACUUUACUGCUGUCUAUACACUACAGAGAUACUCAUUCAAUACAGAGAGCUGAGCAUAAUACGGAGAUGCUCAUACAAUAAAACAAGCUGGGCACAACAUAAAUAUAUCUACAAGAUACAUAGAGCUGAGUACAAUACAUACCACAAACAGAGUUGGGAAAAAGUAGAGAUAUAAAAUACAGACCUGGGCAAGACAAAAAUAUACCUAUACAGGGCACAGAGCUGGGUAGACAACAGAGAUAAUCAUACAACAGGUAGAGCUGAGUAAAAUACAACAGAGUUGAGCAUAAUAAGGAGAUACUAAUAACUAUCCCACACAGCCAGGAUCACUGUGAUGGAUUACACAGAGCUGUCAUACAGAGAUCCUCACACCAUACAUGUCUAUGUAAAAUUGUUUAGUUUUCUCUCUCAAGCUCUAUCUCCCUUACAUGAUCUUAUCUUCAGUAGUUCCCCUGCUAUGAUAACCUUAGCUUUCUAUAUAUAUUGCUGCUGUUAUAAAACAUGCCAGGUAUUUCAUUAGCCCUACAGCUACACAUGGCAAACAUGGGUAAAGCAUAAAGAUACAGAUAGACUCCAACCAUGCCAGCACUCACUAUUAGUUCUCAGCACACAGUGUACACAGGGUUAAACAGGGUUAAAGGGUUAAAGCAGCAAGAUACUGAUAGACCCCUUAUUACCAUUGCUGCAGUCAAUAUAGCUAAUCUUCAGUAGUAAUAUGGAGCCAAGACGUAGCUGACAUGGUUAACAGAAUCAACAAUCAAAUUAAAAAAUAAUAAGUCUUCAGAGUCACAGCCCCUGUCCUGCAGUUUGAAACUUUACAGCUAUUUAAAUUAGCCAUAGCAUGAGUAUCUACGAUUUAAGCUGUAGAGUGAUUGAUCACUUUAAUGAAGAUGUUGGAUAUGUGCAGUGGGACUUAUUAUAACUAUUAGUGAUAGGCAGCACAGUGCUCUAAGUCAGAAACGUGGCCCUCCCAUUGUCAACCCUAGGCUUCCCUUACUUUAUAUAUAUUAAUUAUAUAUUUGAGUACAUCAACUUGCUUAAUUAGUCCUUAGGUAGUCAUUAGGGCUAUUAAGUGGAAAGAAAGGAUAAUAACUAUAUAUUCAUAUUUGGCAGAGGCCAGGAUCUGCUGCUGAUAUGCUCUCCCUGUGCUACUUCCAAGAUGGCUUCUUGCUUCUCUCCUGUGGGCAUUGUAACCCAAACCCCUGGUGCUAUUGUCCAAUGAUGGCCCCUGAAUAGAGAGGUCAAUUGCAUGCCUCCACUCAUGGGCAGCUGGCUCUGCUGCUUGAAUGUCAAUUUAAUGGAAAUUCUGGUCAUUUUUUCUUAAAGAACACUAGGCAUUUGCAAAAACCUACUGAAAUAGGGCAUAUUUCAAACUUGCCCCAUUUUUGACAUUUAUAGAUGCUCUCAAAAAAGCUUUUCCAAACAGCUACCAAUAUGAGAGGAGGCGUCCGGCAUACCUAAAAUCUAUUACAAAAUUAAAGAGACACUAUUUCCCCCCCAUAUUUUUGGCUUACCACUAUCUCCCCCAGAAAUAAGAAUCUUAGUGUUUCUAAACAAUUUCAAAUACAUAUUUUUCCCCAUAUAAAAACUGGUGGGCCGCUUUACCAAGUGGCCCUAUGGACAAGCAUCCACUGCUUCAGUAGUAUGGAUGAAAUUGUGGUUUUUGGGAAAAGCAGAGAUUUUUUUAAGUUACCUAUUGAUCUAUGAAAUUGCAAAAUGCAAUUGGAAAAGUCAUUAAGAAAAAGAUCAAAACUAUUUAGUAUACACAAACUUUUAAAACACUGUUAUUGAACAACAUAUCAUAGAAUUUUCUGAAGAUGAGCAAAUUAAGUUACUUACCAAACAUUAUGACUUCCUAGAGGUUAAUGUCCAAACUAAUCGUAUGGAUGAGAUCUCGGAGCCGGUUACAAAUGUAAUCCUUAAUCACUUGGGUAAGGUAUGUAGGCACAUUAAAGGGUUACUCCAACCACCAUGACCACUUUUGCUUUUAUAAGUGAUAGUAGUAGUAGUCUGUAUGCUUGAAAUGCUGCACAUCCAGAGAUAUUUGCACUUGUGUGCAAGGGGUUAAUUACGCCCCUGACAUAUAUAACGUAGGCCGCUCAGAACUCUGCAGAUGCGUAUGAGCUAUAUGCACAUACCAACAUGUUGUGUUUCACAUGAAUGUUUACAUGUGAGAGAAUAAGCACAGACAUUAUACAUGAAUGGAAUGACAUGUAUAAAAUGUUAAUUCGGUACCUCUCAUAUAGAGGAUAUGAAACUAUUUCUAAAUAUACAUCUGAUCUUUGAUCUUUCUGACUAACUGUGUGGCAUUAAUAUCAACAUGUAUCCAUUGACAAAGCCAAAUAUAUACGCAGACACACAGUUGAACACAAUUUCACUUGGUGUGACUUCCUCAAAAUAUGAAAUCAAAAUACUCAGGUAACUGAGAAGAAUUAAAAGAAUUAAUACUCAAGUAAACAGUUGUAAUGAAAUGGUAAGAAAUUUCAGUACUACAAAGAAAUGGUGGAACGUGGGUUGUGUUCUUUUUUAAUAAGCAAUCAAAUUGUUAACAGAUUUUUGAAACGUGUACUACUUAGCAGACAUAUAAUGUAGAUUUAUAUAGCUCUACCCUGCCUGUUUUGUUACUCUGUUAGCUACCAACUUCUCCUGCACUUUUCACUUUUAACCCCAUCUUCUGCUAUUUUGAACAUCAUACCCCCCAGUUGUUAUUAAAUCACGUAAAGGGUUCUUGGCUUGGUACACACAAGUUUAUUAACUUAAAAAGAAAAAAAUGUGAUCAUUCUAUUGUAUUUGCUGAAUUGCUAGCAGAUGAGAGAAAAUAAUUUAGAGAGAAAAUAAUAUUCAAACACAUACCCUCCCCCACCUGUUAAUUCAGAACAGAAUUGCCAUAACACUCUAGUCUCUAUUGACAUUUGACUGACAGGGGAGUAAGUGUGGUUCUCCUACUCUCUGCACUGCAACCAAAGCUUAUGCUCUGCGGUUGCUGUGGUUACUAUAGUAACAGAGUGAUUGAUGUAAUUUUGUUCAAUCAUGUGCAGCAAUGAAGAAGUAAGAGAUCAAAAAUUUGAAUUAAACAUAACAUUUACCUUUGUGAUGAACUAUAUAUUAAUUGUCUAUGAGUGGGGGAUAUCAGUCAAAGUGAACUAGUUUUUAAAGCGUUACUUUAAAUCCUUCCAUUGAUUACUGCAAUUGAAAGAAUUUUGCCAUGCUUUCGACCACAUUCCAAGACUAACACAACUACUCACUUUUUAUGUGUCUUUCUUUACGUUAAAUUAACUAUCAAAUGUUUAUAUUUUGCCAGGAUAGACAUUAUUUUACAUUCCACACCAUAGUCCACUGCACCUCUUUUCUUUUUGUUUAUGAGACAGAGAUAUUUAUCUAAAACUGAUUGUCAGGAAGACUUAAUCUAUUGUGUUCGUUUCUUCUAGCUUUGCUUUUUUUUUUACAAUUUACAUAGAAAUAGCUACUAAAGUGAUUUUAGGUGAGUUGACAACGUAUACAAAAUUUAACACAAAAUACUCAAAAUGGCUGGAAAAUUACAUUUUUAAAGUGGCUGAGAUGGUUGUUUGAUUACCACCACUAUUGCUUCUUGAUAAAAUCCCUUUGAUAGAAUGAUGCACAUGAAGAAGAAGUGGUUGGACAACAGUUACAAAGAGAAAACAGAGUGACGUGACAAUUCCACCUCUUUUGUACCCUUAUAAAAAUAAAAAUAAACUGCCUGAACAGCAUGCUGGGACUAUUAGACAAAGAUUGUCAUGCUGUCCCACUUUAUUUUAGUUCCAUGUAUGUAUUGAGUAAUACCUAUAAUGUUAAAAUAUUGGAAAGAUGACUGGUUUCCAACUACUACCUUUUAGUUUGGGCUGUUUCAAAGUCUUCACUUUUGUUCUUCUUGACCUUUUCCUUGAUCCUUUGUUGCCAGUCACUGUCACUUGUUCCAUGUUAAUGGUAACUCUUAAUCCAAAGUUUAGUUACUGGGCUAGCUAACCAUUAUGAUAAUCCCAAAUGCCAAGAUUAUGGUGAGUAAUUACCAAUAAAUCUUGUCUUCUAAUUGCACACACAUGUAGGCAUGCAGGUUUCAUAAUUAAAGUAACAGUGGUUAUGGUGCCAGGGCACUUUCAAUAUAAGCAUGUUAAGGAGUCAGAAGUUCUCUGUUGGAGCUAAACCGGGUGGUGCAGAGCUUAGGUCAGGAAAGCUAAUGGAAGCUUGUAGCAGGAGCUUACAAGUGAGAGAGGCAGUGAGCUGCUUUUGGUGGACCCGAGGUAAAAAUUCAAACUGUUCUAAAAUAGUUUAACUACUUACAUUGAAGAAUGACAAGGCACUCCUGGCACAUAACUACUAUAGCACACUGUAGUGGUUAUGGUGCCUGGAGUGCUCCUUUAGGGGGGCUAACAUUUUUUUUGUAUUGAGUUGGCCAGACUGGGUAAUCUAAAUAUCCUUAAUUUAAGUGCUUGCUCUGCUAGACACAACUCAUUAAACUCUGUGUCAUUAGCAGCUUCAGAAUUCUAAAAAGAGUUUUAAUAAUAUAUUGCAGAGUCAUUGGUAAUCAGAAGAUACACCAAAACAGAUACAACGGUCCUUUUUUUCCUAUAUAUUUAAUUCCAUACUUCUAAUGUCACUUCUUACAAGUGCGUACCAAUUGCAUGCCUUAAUGUCUGAGUGCGGAAUUGUGAUGUAAGAUUUGCCAAAGGCUUGAAGAUGUUAAGACAGAAAAUGUUUUCCAGGCUCAGUGUAUUUUCACACACAGCUUGCUAGUUUGAUGGGCUGGAAUGGAAUUGGAAAUAUUUUUGUAGACAUCCCUGCCAAAUUAUUGUACAAUGUCUGCAUUUAUUUUAUUUUUAAAGUUAGCUGUUAAACAGAUUUUUUUUUUUUAAAGUAUCAUACUUGCUUGUAGAAAAAAGUUAAACUUCAGUUACUCUAUCCACACAUCCAUUAAUCAAUCCAGUGGAAUGUUGCAUCAGAAUUGUUCCUGACCGAUCAUGUCUGUUGAGGUUUAAAACCAUCUUCUGUAUAUUAGUUCAUAUAUUUGUAAAUGGGUUCUCUAACACAAAAUACCUGCGUGGGACUAUUGCAGGCCAGUAUUUGCUUUUAUAUAUACAUAUAUAUAUAUUUGCAAGCUAGAAAGCAUCGCAUAUUUUAUUAAGAUCACUAAGCUGUAAACAAAUUAUUGAAUGAUACGUAUUUGCAGAUAAAAUAAUUUAUAUUUAGUAAGAUUAACUUUUAGGGAACUUAGGUAAGAUUAUUUUGUUAAAAUUUAAUAGUGGCGUUCUUAACAUGUAUCUUUUCUACUUUUCAGAAGAAGAUAGCUGCUUAUAAUAAGAUGCAAGAGGCAAUAGAAUUAACUCUAUCAACAAAACAAGAGGAAGAUGAAAAAGACCAGCCAGCAGAGAUGGAAUAUCUGAAUUCUCGAUGUGUUCUUUUUACAUAUUUUCAGGGAGACAUUGGAACAGUGGUGGAUGAACAUUUCUCGAGGGCUCUGAGCCAAAUGAGCACCUUCAGUCCCAAUAUUGCUGCAUCAAAAAGUAAAAUAGGGACAACAAGAGGUAACGUUCAGUUUAUGACCCUACAUUCGAACCCUAUUGUGUUUCAAUGACAAUUAAUUCAUUAAUUAAAACUGCCGUGCAUUUUCUUAUAUUUGACUGUAACAUAUAGACAUACUUAAUUCUGAUAAAUAUUGUAGUGUUAUUGUGAAUCAUAAUCAUAUAUGUAACUUUUCUUUUUUGGGUACUUGCUAAUAUUGUGAUAAAAUCAUUCAGAGAGAUCGUGUGACUUUAAUUGCCAACUGUCCUUCCUCUGACUUUUCCCUGUGAAAGGAAAUGCAAAUGUAAGCAGAUUAGCCACUGGGCUACUUCCCAAGAGCUGUGGCAUUGUCUUAGCUAUGCUAUGAUGGCCCAUGCUAUGUUAGUCCCCAGCCAGCUAUAGUGUAAACAAGAUUUUGUUUGCGAACACUGGUGAAUUUUGAGUAGCAAGCUAGCAGCUUUAACCUGCUAAUUUCUGUGCAAAACCGUUAUAUGUAAUAAACUAGGAAUCGUGGAGAAAUGAUGAGGGAAUGAUGAGGGAAUAGGAAGGAAAUAUCCAAAUUGGAAAAUACUUGAUUUUGAUAUUUUGCAUUCAGUUUGGAUACCUUGGUAGAGAAUUUGCAAGUACGAAAACACAUAAAUGUGAAUGCUUUCAUUUUAUUCGGUGUAAUUCAUUUAGAGCAGGGAAAGGUACAAUAUUUCUUAAAAUUCAGGAUUGUUCUUUGCACAAAAGCACAUUUAUUAAUACUUUCCAAGCACACCGCUUUAAAGUACCUAUGUUGUCCCCAAAUACAUUAUUAUAUUAUUUAUAAAGCGCCAACACAGUCCGCAGCGCUGUACAAUAGGUGGACUAACAGACAUGUAUUUGUAACCAGAUGAGUUGGAUACACAGGAACAGAGGGAUUGAUGAUCUUACAUGCUAGAGAGAGUGGGGUAUAGUGACACAAAAGGUAAGAGGUAGAAGAGCAGGUUGCUAGGAUAGUAUUCUUAGUGUUUUGUUUUGAUGACAGUUGUAGGAGAGGAAUCAGGGUGCGGGAAGGGAGAACCUUUGACAGUAUAAUUGAUAUGCUUUCCUGAAGAAGUAAGUUUUCAAAGAUUUUUUGAAGGAGUGGAGACUGGGUGAAAGUCUAAAAGAGAGGGGAAGGACGUUCAAUAGAAACGGUGCAGCCCUAGAGAAGUCUUUAAGGCGAGCAUCAGAGGUGGGAGUAUGAACAGAGGUUAGAUGUAUGUCUUCGGCUGAGCGUAGCGGCCUAGAUGGGACAUAUUUAAAUUGAUUCAAUCAUAAGUCAUAGAGGUACAUUAUGUAUUCAAUGAUAAAUAUUUAGAUUUACCCAUCUUACCUCUGUACCACCCGCCUCCAGUUCAUUCUUUGUUCCUCCUGCAGUCUUCUCUGAUUUCUCCCGAUUGGGGAUACUUCCCGUAAACAUUCAUUGUAACCACUAAAUCCGCUGACUUUGUUACCAGGAUGCUGUCCCUAUGCUCCCUAGCCAGGACUGAUGGCAUUGGCUAGAGAGUUACCAUAGCAACUACAGUACAUGCAGUGUGGUUGCUAUGUUUGGAGAACAGAAGGGCCUGUGGAAGGUUUUUUCUACUUUCUCUUGUCAGUCAAUUUUUCGGCAUAAACUCUAUGCCAAACAAUUUUACUAACAGGUGGGAGAAAGACCUAUUUUUAAAUAGUUUUUUUUCUCCCAAUCAUAUACAUUUGCUAUCACAGUGUAUAGAUAUAAUUGUGUGCUCUUUAAAAAGAGCUUGUGUUGUUAUAGCUAUGACAUGUACUCAUUAAUUGUCAAAGGGGCAAAUGAAAAAAAGUUGUUUAAAAAUUAAAAUAUUGUUAUAUUUCUAGACUAUUUCUUUAUUUCAGAAUUCAAUGCACUAAACAUAGUAUUUUAUUGCCUUCCCUGUUAGGUACUAACAGCCAAUGCUAGUCAAAGCAUCAAAAUUGUUUCCCAUGGGACAUUACCCUUAAAAUAACUGACAUUUUGCUUAUAAUUAGAAAAAUAAGUGAGCUCAGCCCGAACAAGGAAAAAAUGUUUCUGCAAGCUGUUAAGCAGUAGACAAAUCUGUCUUUUCUUAAAUAUUUUACUUCCCAUCUUCUAACUUGACUAUAAAAGGCAUUUUUAUUGUUUUACAAUUUCCGUAUGCAUGUUUAAAAAUUAUUUUCAUGGGUUGUUUAGUCAGUGUAACCAUUGCAAAUGUUGAUAGUUUACAUGGAUAUUAAUAUGAAGAGCAUUUAUAUAUAUAUAAUGAUUAAUAGUAUGUUUAUAUAAAAAUAAAUAUAUAUAUAUAUAUAUAUAUAUAUAUAUAUAUUUAUAUAUAUUGUACCGUCCAGGCGAUUAUCAGCAGAGCUCUCAAUAGCUCAAUUAAUUGUGAGUGCGCACUUUAUACAUUUUACCUAACAUUAAAUAUUGCUGCUACAUAUUGCACUAUUUGUGUAUAUCUUUUCUGUUUUUUUCAAGAUACUUUGAAGUCACAGAUGUCAUCAGAUAUAUAAGUAUAUAUACCUCUGUCAUUUGCACUAUUAGAACUGUAUAUUCACUUUAUAGGGCGUGGUUUAUCACUCUGUCUACAUAUAUAUAUAUAUAUAUAUAUAUAUAUAUAUAUAUAUAAAAAACAAGGGGGGGUUGGCUGCACUCACCUUAACAUGCAUAAAUGGGGGUGCUGCUGGGGGCCAAAUAAUACAAUACAAUACACAAGAUCCAGCGCACUCACCUAUCCACUAAACAGCAACUUCAAUGUUGAAAGACUUUAUUUGUUUUUUUAAAAACACCUAAUCUAGGCAAAAACAAUGGGGGUUUAGUUACAUUAUAUGAUCAUACAUUGCAUAAGCCUGCCACAACGUCAAUGUACCCCAUCUUUGGCAGGUCCUACACUAACAGCCUAAUGUCUGCUCUUAUGAGAUUAACCUACUUAGGGAAAAAAAAAUUCCAUCUGGGGCUCUCUGCAGUACAAGGCUAAAUAGGGCCCUGGGGUGAGGCACCUGUGACAGGGAGGGGUGCAAAACCAAGGAGUUGGCUAUAAUUGUAAUUUUUAAUAAAAUCCACAAAAAAUCAGUGGCUAAUGAAUGUCUGUUUCUACUUUCAGAGAGCUCAUCAAUAUCAUGCCAAAGGACUAGCUUUCCCCCAUCACUUCGGACAACAUCAACUUCAGCAUGUUUGACUGGAGUUCAUCCGGACUUCUCAACAGCACCCACUGGAAUUUUCCCUUCUACUGAACAUGGUAGCUGGCAUGGAGAUUGCUUGCAUCAGACUGUACCACCACCACCUACUGUAUCAGAAUCUUGGCAUUAUCCUCUAGCUUCACAAGCGAGCUCACCAUACACACACAUGCAUGAUGUUUACAUGUACCACCAUCAUGCUCGCCCACACGUGCACCACCAUCGACAUCACCAUCACCAAAGUUCACAUCUAGACCCAAGAUAUGGACCCCUUCUAAUGCCUUCAGUGCAUACAGCAAGGAUUACUGCCCCACCAUGUGAAGCUACAAAAACAGAGGCCACUGCUUCCACUACUGCUACCUCGCCAUGGCCGGGUGCUUUUCACGGCACUGUCGAUAUUGUACCCAGUUUUGGCUUUGAGUCAGGUAAGAGCAUUUUGUUUAACUUUUGCUUACAUGUGCCUCGACAGCACAAUUACCAAGGUAAAAAAAAAUAUUUGCAAACAUUUUGUACAUUGUGUGUCAUGCAACAGACAUCUCUACUAAGAUAUGUCACAAAUGUAUCGUAUAAAUACUAUUCAUAAACAUGGAAGCUAUUAUUUUAAUAGUAAUCCUUGUACUUCAGUUUGUUAGAUUUGUGUGUGGUCCAUUAUCCUGCUUACCCAUGUCACUGGUGAACCGAUGGAAAUCAGAUUAAGCUAGCCAAACAUACUAUGUAAAUCAGCCCUAUUUAUAUGUAAAAAAAAAGAAAUGUAAAAUGUUAACAAUGCUACACAAAAUAAAUAGAGACUACAGGAAAUAUAAGUUUAGUAUUUACAUAUAGAAAAAGUCAUACAUUCUUGAAUGUCAAAAAAAUGAAUAACAAGGGUGAUAUAAAGACAAACAUUUUAAAAAAAAAUUAUAAUUUCAACAGAAGCAUAAUGAAUAAUCUAUCAGAGCGGUAGUCUUCUGAAAUAAAAAGAAAAUAUUUCCAAUAAGAUUGACUUCAUCACAGAGAGUUAUAUUUGAUAUGACAUGAUCUUAUCUGGUACAUAAUUAUGGCAUCCUCAAGUCUACACUUUUAUUAGUGUAGUCAUCAGUGGUGCAGUAUAUCAAUUAAUGUAGCAUGCAUUUAGGCGCGCUGGUAGUAUGUGUCUAAAGGAUCUUUUAAUGGUUGUCAGACAUUGUGUUCGGAUCUUUUACUGGGUCUAGAUUGGCAAGACACUCAUAGAAACAUAAAAAACGUAGAAUGUGACGGCAGAUAAGAACCAUUCGGCCCAUCUAGUCUGCCCAAUUUUCUAAUUACUUUCAUUAGUCCCUAGCCUUAUCUUAUAGUUAGGAUAGCCUUAUGCCUAUCCCUCGCAUGCUUAAACUCCUUUACUGUGUUAACCUCUACCACUUCAGCUGGAAGGCUAUUCCAUGCAUCCACUACCCUCUCAGUAAACUAAUACUUCCUGAUAAUUUUUUUAAACCUUUGUCCCUCUAAAUAAGAUAGUUUUCCAAUUCUAGAGCUAAAGUAGGCACUGCUGAGAUUCGAAGUCAGGAUCUCCUGUUUACUAGACAGGUGCUUUAACCAUCUAAGCCACAGCGCCACAACAUCCACAGCACCACAACAUCCACAGCGCCACAAUAUCUAGGAGUGAUUGUUCAGCCCCCCACCAGUCCACUAAUGACAGAAAAAUGGCAUAUUUGUGCAGCAGAUGGAGAGAGAAACCCAACACAGAAGCCUGCUCUGCAUGUUCACACUGAUCUCUUCUUCCCCUGCCAGGAUGUUGCAAGGUGAAAAUCUGCUAACUGCACAAGUGUAAAUCUGCCAGCCAUGUCCACUGCACUUUUUCAGCAUUCCUAGGGAUAUGACACUGUUCGGUUAGAUCAGUUUCCCCCUAGAGUGGGUGUGGAAACCAUAAGAAAGAAGAAGCAGAUACAUCUGAAAAAAUAAAUAUUAUAUAUUUAUAUAUAUAUAUAUCUAUAUAUAGAUAUAUAUCUAUAUAUAGAUAUAUGUAUAUAUAUAUAUAUAUAUAUAUGUAUAUAUAUAUAUAUAUAUAUAUAUAUAUAUAUAUAUAUAUAUACACUGAUCAGCCACGACAUUAAAACCACUGACAGAUGAAGUAAAUAACAUUGAUUAUAUUUUUUACAAUGGCACCUGUCAAGGGGCGGGAUAUAUUAGGCAAUAAGUUAACAGUCAGUCCUUGAACUUCGUGUGCUAGAACCAGGAAAGCUGGGCAGGUGGAAAGAUCCUAAUGACUUAGACAAGGAUGAAUAGUGAUGACUAGACGACUGGGUCAGAGCAUCUCCAAAACAGCAAGUCUAGUGGGGUGUUCCCAGUAGGCAGUGGUUAGUACCUACCAAAGGUGGUGUAAGGAAGGAUAAUCAGUGAACUAGUGUCGAGGUUAUGGGUGCCCAAGGAUCAUAGAUGCACAUGGGCAAUGGAGGCUAUUGUAGCUCAAAUUGCUGGUUAUGAUAGGAAGGUGUCAGAUCAGUGCAUCGCAGUUUGCUGCGUAUCGAGCUGCAUAGCUGCAGACCGGUGAGUGUGCCCAUGAUGGCCCAAGUGUUACCUGAUGGCAGUAGCCUCUUUCAAAAGGAUAAUGCACCCUGCCAUAGCAUAGUUUAGGAAAUGGCUGGAUGCUUUCUGGACAGACCUUGUGUGUAUGUAUACAAACAAAGUUAAGCCCUGCGAUCAAACUCCCACUACUCCUGGCUGGCAGCAAUGAGUAUAGUACACAUCAGCCCCAAUACAUACCAUAAAAGCCAAAGAAAAAAGUUACUUGCACACAAUCUCAAAUCCCGAUGCACAUUUUUAAAAAACACUGGCGUUUUUUUUAGUAUCACUCCAAUUGCCAUUCAAGUGCAAGCUUAGCAUUAAAAAAUAUAUAAAAAUAAAAAACUUGCACCAUAUAUAAACCUCUCAUACACAUACACUUUGACACAUGUUUCAACUACACCACUCGUUCACACAGGAGACCAAUUUCUAAUACACUUUCUUACAUUCUUCACACAUACAUUCCUGCUUCACACUCCUCACAAUUGUACUCCUAAAGUCACACACACUACUCAGAUGUACACCUACACACACCCCAUUCAACUCUAACCCUGAAUUCAUACACAGGCUCUCCAUACUAAUUUACUUUGGCAUUAAUACACCAGAUCUUCCCUUUUUUUCACACACAUAGGCCCUCAACAAAAUUACAUGACAGUCUUCACAGAUACAUCCAUCCACACAAUGCACAAGUGCAUUCACACAGAUUUUACACACGCAAAUACAAAUAUGCAUUUAUACACAGGUCUUCACACUGUACACAUCCACAGUAAUACAAUAUUACAUGAAAGUUAUACUUAACAUUUAACCCCUUAAGGACACAUGACAUGUGUGACAUGUCAUGAUUCCCUUUUAUUCCAGAAGUUUGGUCCUUAAGGGGUUAAUCAAUGCAAAUGUAUUUGGUAUUAAAUUUUACCCAGGGGGCCCCAAAGGCUCUCAGUCCAUCCCUGCAUACAGAAAUAUUUAGACUACCAGGCUUAACUCAGCAGCAUCAUUAGCCAGUCUGGAACGAAUGACAAUUAUGUUCAUAUUUCUGUGCAUAGACACUCAUUAGUUGCUUAGAAUGUCCAGCCGAUGCUCUAAACCAAUGAAUGAUUAUCAGGAUUGUUAUCCAUUCUCUGCAGCUUUGCUUUGCUGGGUCUCAAGAAAAUUGUUUGCCCCAUUACCAGGGAAAGGAGCCAGCAUAUUCCUAGCAUUAUAACCUCUACAGUGGGCUGUAAUGAUUAUAAUGCUUGGACAAACCCUUUAACAGCCAUCUUGGCAUAGUUAACUGCUAAGGAAAAGUUUAAACACUGCAAUAAAAGCAAAAUAGUAGACAAUUAUUUUGGAGCAUAAUCUAUAAAUUGAAUAUAUACCUAGUUAAAAAUGAUCUAGUAAUUUGCACAUCAUUACAAAUGACAAGUUCCAUUUAUAGAGGGUUUGAGGCCCACCCUUCUUUUAUCCUAUGCAUGGUCAAUUAAUUGGAAUGAGCUGCAACCACAGCUCUUAGGGAAAUUAACACCUCCACUUAAUAUAUUGUUUUUAUUUUUUUAUUUAAUUUAUACUUACCUGUUUGCACAAAGAAGCCUUAUUCCAGUUUUAUCCUAGUUUCCGUAAUUUGGAUUUCAUUUCACUCUGGUAUCUGAAGUCUGCAAUGCAUUAAGCUUUUUCAUAGAAAAAUUGAAAAGCAAAAACUAUCCCUAAACCCUAUGUUUCUAAUGAACACCAGUGCAACAGACAUAAACAUUACUGUCUAUCACAGUUGGUCUUAUUAGCUACCCUUUGAAUGUAAGGUAAUAGCUGCUAAAUGUUUCAACCCUCUUUUAUGUGUGAGUUGAUAAAUCAACCAUUUUACUCAUUUCACAUACCGUCUGUUAAAUUUGACACUCCAUUCAAAUACAAAUUAGGUUUUUCUUCCUUACAGACUAAGGGAGACUCCACACCUAAAACCAAAAAUACAUAUAUGAAAAAAUAAACAUUGCAUAAAAUAUAAACUUAAAAAUGAUUUUUGGAAUAAGCAAUGACAGAAACACUGUAAGUAUUGCGGCUUCGUCAAGUUAUCCAGUUACCAAAGAGAUUUGCUGAGUACUAUGUUUAAGUUUUAGCACCUCAUGAAACUCACAUUCUGUAAUAAUUUCAAUAUGCAAGAUGUCUCUCAACAGGAAAGUGUAAAAAAAUAUUUAGCAAUACUUUACUGCAGGAUACAGUCGUAAAAGCAGAUAUGUUUGUGAGACUGCUGGCAAAACUGACUGUAUGUCAGAUAUAGAGAUAGAAAUACAGAUAGACAGACAGACAGAUAGAUAGUAAGAUAGAUAGACAGACAGACAGACAGAGGGAGAUAGACAGACAGAUAGAUAGAUAGAUAGAUAGAUAGAUAGACAGACAGAGAUAGAUAGACAGACAGACAGACAGGAUAGAUAGAUAGAUAGAUAGAUAGAUAGAUAAAUAGAUAAUGGAAAACAUACAGGUAGGUGUUCAGUAACUGUGUUUAUUAAUGUCAAGGGAGAUACAUAAGUAUAUCAAUGUUUUCAUUCCACCUCAUUGAUCAACCACAGUUGGGUCUGAAACAUUGAUCUGUAGAUGUAUCUGAGUUGAUACAAUGAACAUACCAUUAUUAAAGGCCUGAUUGAUUUGGAUAAUUUGAAUUUUGAUUAUGUAUAUGUUACUACAGGGGGUUACAUAAUAUAAAAUAUUAAAAGCCAUGUGGUGUAUAGCAUAAUCUAAGUAGUAGAUCAUAUAUACAGAGUACAGUGUAAAUAAGAUAUCAAAAGGAAAUAAAAUAUUCCAGAAGACAUUCAAUUAAUAUAUUCAUAAAUAAAAUAAAAGAGAGAGCCCACAUGGUUAUUGAUCGCUGUUUCCUCUCAGCCCUUGCCUACUUUAAGUAGUCUCAGCCUCCUAUAUCCACAUUAAAGCCACAUUAUAUCCACAUUAAAAAAGAUGUCAGAAUAUUUAGAUUUUGUUCCAUCGGCAUAAAUCUAUUCGGGGACUGUAACUGCAUCACAAUGACACAAUAUAUCUCUGCUUACUUUGGUACUUGGCUAAGAAAGAUAGAUAAACAUAUUUAUGUUGAUCAAAUUAAAUACCCAGGAUUUUGUGUUCUUUGCAUAAUGAUUUUAUAUUUUUAAAUGUAUACAUUAUAAGGAAAGCUACGAAUAUGUGAUAUUUCUGAAACCAGAAAGUCAAACUAUAUGUAGCACUAUAAUAAAAAAGUGAAAAUCCAUUGACCUCUGUGUUGAGUGUUUACACCUUUAUCAUGUUAACAAACAUGUGAGUGUCCUAUAUUUAUGGCUUUUUUCUUAAUGUAUAUUUAUACCCAACAGCCAAAAGUUGAUUUGCACUUGGAUAAGAAAAUCAUCACUAGUGUGCAAGUUUUGCCGCAUCUCAUUGCCUCUCCCUGUUUAUCUACCAUGUCUUUUUUUUUGUCAACUUAUCAACAUCAAUCUAUCUAGAUAUCAGACUGUCUGAGAACAUGGCAGACACAUUUUGAAACUAAAGCAAGGUAUAACCAGAUUCUGAUAAAUAAUUAUAUUAUCCUAGAAAUGAAAAGAAAAGGCCAGGUGCCUUGCAAACGGAUACAUUCUAUAAUUCGUGGCAAAAUUUCUUGAAAAAAUCUUCUCCAUUAAUAAUAAUUAGACAGUCUAUCCAUCUUUCUAUACAUUUUCUAAUGACCUCCUUAUCUUGUAUUUUAGGUAUUCAGCACCAGGAUAAAGCAAAGGAUUCUCCAUGGUUCUGAACUCUGCCUUAUUUGAAAGUCCAGAAAACAAUAGUCUCUACAAAGAGAAUUUUGAACUAUUGCCAAAAAAAAAAGCAAAACAGACGUGACUCUGAAAUAAAUCUAAGUGAUUUCAGAAGUCAUUCUUCAAACAAUGUGACAUAUUUUCUGAGCCUACUGCAAUCAUUCACUAACUUUAUUACAAACUGUACUUUCCUUAAAAGCACUAUUUUUGCUAUUACUAUACAUAACAUUAUCAUAAUCAAUUACAAGUUUUAUACCCUUCGGUGUAUCUUGUGUCUACAUUUGUAGAUGCAAAAAAAGUUGGUUUUUUUUGUAUGUUUUUGUGUAGCGCCAAAGAGCUGUUUUAGAAGGACUUUAAAAAAAAAAAAAAAAAGUUACAUUUUAAAAGUUCUGUUUCAAGAACUGUGUCUCAGUGAAGCACUGGCAAGCCAAACUUUUUUUGUAUAAGAUUUUUUUUUUUAGAUGUUUGUUUAGUGAUUUGUGUCCUAAUGUGUCUUAUAGAUUUCAUUCGUUGAUACCUCAGUAGUAUUGUUAAAAGGAGUGGAUCGCCUUGGUCUCUGGAGGGAAAGAAUGUUAAUUAAAGUAAACCUUUUUUUUCUUACAAGAUUAACAAUGCAGUUCAUAUGUAAAAUUAUUGUAUAGGAAAACAAUUUUAAAAAGGACAAGGGUCAAUAUUUUCUUACAAAAUAAAUGAACCCCUUAAGGACCAAAUUCUGGAAUAAAAGGGAAUCAUGACAUGUCACGCAUGUCAUGUGUCCUUAAGGGGUUAAAAGUCACUAUGUUUACAUCCUGCAUCUUUUUUUUUUUUAACUUUAAAUAGGAAUGUGGACCAAAUCUGAAUUUGAAUGUAAAUGUUUAAGUAGGACCAAACUGAUGGUGAAUUGGUUUGAAAGACAUGCAAAUGCUAAGACACCACUUCUAAUUUUUUUUGCCAUAAAACCUUGAUUUGCUAAAACUUUAGGCACUGUUAGUUGAUUCCAGAUGUUACUUACAGGGUUAAGGGAUAAAUAUAAUUAUUACCGUAUGUAGAUGAUAUAGAUAAAAAGUAGGGUUAACCGAAGUGUUUUCAGAUUUCUGGUACAAUCAUUAUUGCACAAAAAGUGCUUUGAAAAUGAUGAGUCUCAGGUAAUGUAAUAAAUUCAAACUUCAAAGGUUCACCCCACCACUAGAACUUUGAAAAAAUAAACAUUAGCUAAACUGUGUUUGAAACAGUAAAUUAUUUUGUUAAAAGUAUGUUGUUUAGAAACGUAUUUUUACAAGAUUAAAUGGGUAUAAUUUUAUUAUAGUUCAAGGCACAGAUGUACAUACUGUUUAGUAGCAAAAUGUUAUCAUGAAUUCAAUUUCAUUGACCCCAGUGGCAUAAAGUUUAAUAGGAGGUCUAGGUAUUAGAUGUUCACAAGCAAAUCCUUAGAGAGACUGGGCUGGCAGACAACUGCAUUGUGCCCAGAUGUUCUUAGAAUGAUGACUAAUCUUGGCACCACAGAUGCACAUUUCCCAUAAUGCUCAGCAAACCUUUAGCCUUUAGGCUGGUGGAACAUCAUGCAUGGGAAAAUUAGGUCACAUAUAUCUGCAGUUCCAAGAUUAUUCAACAAUGGUCAAGUGGAACAACUUAAUUUGGAAAAAUAAUAAUAUCACAUUAUGGCAAUAUGUUGUAUAGAAUGUAUUUCAAGAAAAACUGUCAAUUCUAAUUAUUGAGGUCUUGUAAAUGUAUUGCACAAUAAUAUAGCCUGGGCAUUUCACAGAAAUUGUUUUUCAAAUUAAAUGCCUCACCAAAAAUGUAAUAAAACAUUUUAACAGUGCUGUAUAGUUUUUCUGUGUUUAAAUGUGUG